AUGAGUUUCGUUCCGCCUAGCCCAAGCUCGAGGGUUAAUUUAGUUAGAAAAAAACAGCUUUUUUAUGUGAUGUUACUGUGUGAGUCAACACUGGAAGUUCCUCCAAGAGCUCUUUCAGUUUCAGUAUUACACAGUGGGAUAUAAAUGAGUUAGCAAAACUGCCUCUCGGCACUCGUUGCACACAGAGCUGGGAGGGUAAGUAGGUACAAUGGAUAAGUGGAACCCUGUGGAUAGUGACGAGGAAAUCCAAUCUCUCUCUGAGGAGGAGAUAGGGAAAGGUAUCAGUAAAGAAAUGGAUGGGGUAUUCCACAGUCAUUUGAGUGGACGGGUACGGCCCUAUUUGGACCUCAUCGACUCACUGCGUCUGAUGGGCAUCGAUCAGGAUCUACCCUUGCCUGCGAUAACAGUGAUCGGAGACCAGAGCUCAGGGAAGAGCUCCGUGUUGGAGGCGCUGUCUGGAGUAGCUCUCCCCAGAGGCAGUGGUAUUGUAACUCGAUGCCCGCUGAUGCUGAAGUUGAGGAAGUUGAAGGGAGGUGUGCAGUGGAAGGCCAUCAUCUCCUACAAAGACACGACUACUGAAUUCACUGACCCCACUCUGGUUGAGGGCUAUGUCAAUGAGGCCCAGAAUGAGCUGGCUGGAGACGGUGUUGGGAUCUGUGACGAGCUGAUCAGCCUGGAGAUCAUGUCUCCUGAAGUGUGUGACCUCACUCUGAUUGAUUUACCCGGCAUUGCCCGGGUGCCUGUCAAAGGACAACCUGAUAACAUUGGAGAUCAGAUUAAAAGGCUCAUUCUAAGCUUUAUUGAGAAGAGUGAAACCAUCAACUUGGUGGUGGUUCCAUGUAAUGUCGACAUAGCAACAACUGAAGCUCUAAAAAUGGCCCAAGAAGUUGACCCAGAAGGGAAAAGAACUUUGGCUAUUCUGACCAAGCCAGACCUUGUAGAUCGUGGCACAGAAAAGAACAUUUUGGAGAUUGUUCACAAUCAAGUCAUUCCGCUGAGCAAAGGCUACAUAGUUGUGAAAUGCCGUGGUCAGCAGCAAAUUCAGGACAAGAUAUCUCUAGCAGAGGCCACCAGGAUGGAGAGAGAUUUCUUUAGACAACACAAGUACUUCAGCUGUCUUCUCAAUGAGGAAAAGGCCACAACCCAGUGCCUUGCCACUAAACUAACCCAAGACCUGGUGGGCCACAUCAAAAACUCUCUACCAACACUGUCAGAGCAGAUUAAAAAAGAGCUAUGGGAGUCAAGGAAAAGCUUGAGUCAGUGUGUGGGAGGUCCUCCCAUAGACCCCCCACAAAGAAAAAACUUCCUUGUGGACACUUUAACUCAGUUCAACAACAACAUCAACCGGCUGUCAGCUGGUGAAGUUGUCAAUGACGACAACCUGUUUGUGCUCCUGCGACUCCAUUUUCAGAAGUGGAAAGAUGAACUUGAGAGUAGUCAAAACUCAUAUUCUAUAAUGGUACAGGAUGUGGUGGACGAGUAUGACUUAAAGCACAGAGGAAGAGAGCUCCCUGGUUUUAGUGACUAUAAAGUGUUUGAGUUGGUCGUACAGAGACUGGUGAUGAAUCUACAAGGUCCUGCUCUUGACACUUUGAGGGUCAUCAGAGAAACCAUCGAGAAGCAGUUCAGCGAUGUCUCAAAAACCUGCUUCUCAAACUACCCUUUCCUCCAGUGUGUCACAAUGAACAAGAUUGACAAAAUUCAGUCGAGUCAGGAGGCCAAAGUGGAGGAGAGAAUCAAGGAGCAGUUUAAGAUGGAGCAGCUGGUCUACACACAGGACACCAUCUACUUCAAGACCCUGAAGAAGCAGGGAGAUCCCUCUGUGGAGAACUGCACUGAAUAUGACAGCAGGAGCAAGUAUCCUGAAAUGCUUCAGGCGUACUACGAGAUAGUGAUUCAGCGCCUGGCGGACCAGAUUCCCAUGCUGAUCCAGUUCUUCCUGUUGAAGGAGUCGGCUCGGGUGCUGUGCAGUGAGAUGCUUGGCCUCAUCGAGGGGGUGGACGUGGACAAGGCUCUGUGCGAGGGCUCGGACUGCAGCCGUCGCCGUAACGACCUGCAGGGUCGCAUCGAGCGUCUCAGCCUGGCUCAGGAGAAACUCAGCCAUUUCCUCUAAAUGGCCGAACCAUUGACAUGCAGCUGUUACAAGAAGUGUACAGUUGAGUUUAUGUUAUCAAAACAUAAAAGUUAUGUGCAUAAUAUACUAUGACUAUGGAUCACAAGCCCAUAAAUUAAACUGGUGCUAGAUUGUUUGCAAUUCAGACAUGGAUAUGAACAACUACAGUAGCUUUUUUAAUCAGGGAUAGCAUAACUAUACACAAUACAGCUUUUUUGUUAUCAUUCUUAUUUAUUGGAUUUUAUCAAAAACACUAAACAGUUUUCACAGGUCACAAAAUUUGUCCAAACUGGUAAUGUAGUAGUUGUAGUUCAUUUAUGGAUGAAAAAACAUUGUUCCAAAUAUAUCUUAGUCUACAUUAAAAACUGCAAUUUACAAGCCUGGUCGGUUGGUUCUGUGCAUAUAAACAGAGACGCCACAUCUUAUCUAAUCUAAGGGUAAAUAAAGAAUACAUUAAAACUAAAGCCACAAGGUGAUUCUGUCACAGGUUUAGUAUCUUGGUUACGCCACCUUAGAAUUAACUUGACUUCCUUCAUUAAUUAGGUCACUCUUUGCUGUAAUGAAGCACCCCCCUGCACCCACACCAACUCAGGGAAGGAUUUAGACAAAA